AUGGUUGGGAGGACAAGGAGUGAGGAAUGGACAGAAGGAUGCCGUCUGGAAAAGAGGCUGAGGCAAGAGGAGGAAGACGUGGACCACAAGUUGCGAAAGUUGAAACAGCAGCUUCUGGCCGAACUGGGGGCGAAAGAGAACAGCCAGACUUUCUUACCUAGCUCCUUGCCUUUCUCGGGAUGGAUCCAACAGGAGACCAUCUCUAAGAAAUUCAUGGCAACGUACGAUGGGGCAGGGAACCCGAGGGAGCAUAUCCUCAACUACAAAACCUUUAUGGAGCUGCAGACACUGUCGGAUGCCUUGAUAUGCAAGGUAUUCCCUACAACACUCACAGGACCAGCGAGUGCUUGGUUUAAUAGUUUGAAGGCAGGGAGUGUCAGGAGUUUUAGAGACCUCGUCAACGUCUUUAUCAGCCGAUUCAUAGCAAGAGUACCGGCUGAUAGAAAAACCAGCUAUCUGGAGACAGUCAGACAGAAGAGAAAUGAAUCCUUGAGGGAGUACGUAGCCUGUUUCAACACAGAAGCCCUACAGAUCCCUAAACUAGAUGAAAGCCGAGUUGUGGAGGCCAUGCAGAAAGGGACCACCUCCCCUGAGUUCUUUGGUUCAUUAUGCCGAAAACCACCCACAUCCUUAGCUGAGUUGAUGAAAAGAGCGGAGAAGUAUAUAAGGCAAGACGAUGCCUUAACAACCAGUAGAUUCGCCUAA